GGGAGGGCCGGGGUUGGGCUCCACGCGCAUCCGCGCGCCCUUCCGCGCCCAUGGCGCCCGUGGCGCCACCGGAGCCGCGGGCGCUGGAAGUGCAGCACUUUGGGCCGGAGGAGGAGGAGGCGUAUGUGGAGCACUUCCGGGAGCACGGCUUCGUGGUGGUGAAGUCAGUUCUCGAAGAAGCGGAGGUGGAGGCAAGCAUCCGGGAGGUCUGGCAAAGCCCCAGUCUCCUUGGCGGCCAAGGGCCCAAAGAGGAGGAUCCCAGCACCUGGGAUGCCUGGCCCGGCGGCUGCCGGAACUUCUUGGAUCCCAUAGAUCCAUGUGCAGAAACGCAGACCUGGAAGAACCGGGUGAACCCCAGGGUGAACCGAGUCUUUGAUUUGUUGUGGGAAUGCUUCCCGGACGAUCCGGGCGCGAGGUCGGGCUCGCUGGUGAUGUCGGUGGACCGUUUGGGCCUCAUGCGGCCCACGAAGCUGUGGAGGGACGGUUCCUGGGAGGAGAGGCCGGAAUGGCGCACGAGCCGCAACUGGUUGCACUGGGACCAGAACCCCUGGUCCACGCCCGACUUCGAGGCCAUGCAGGGCUUGCUGUGCCUUCAAGGCGACUGCGAAAGCUCCGGGGGCUUCGUGACAGUGCCGGGCUUCCAGCGGCGGUUCCGAGACUGGGGCCAGCGAUGCCCGGAAGGCAGCCUCGCCAAGCGCAGCUCCACGAUGAUCCCCUUCCCAGUGCCCCUGGAGGAUGAGAUCCAGGCGGAGCGCUGCAAGAUCUUGGUGCCGAGCGGGGCGCUGCUGGUUUGGGACUCGCGGCUGCCUCACGAGAACUUCCCCAACUGCGGCAGUGGCUGGCGGAUGGUGCAGUACGUCACCUGCAAGCGCCUCAGCGCGGAGGACCUGCAGCGCCGGGCGGCGGCCUGGCACAGCGGGCUCCGCACAGGGUUGGUGCCCAGCUCCUUCGCACGGCGCUUCAAAGCAGAGGAGCAGCAAAGGCUGGGCAUGGCCUCCGAUGAUGGCGCGGCGCUAGAGGCGGCCAUCGCAGCGGGGGAGCAGCUCAGCUCGGAGCAGCUGGAGGCGGCGCGGCAGCUGCGGCGGGGCUACCGGCUGAAGCAGACGGCGGAGCUGCCAGCGGAGCUGCAGGAGGCCGCGGCGCUCUUUCGCGGGGCCUUCGCGAGCAACGGCGCGCUGCGGGAGGUGCUGGGCUGUGUCGCGCGAGCGGAGAGCAACUACCUUCCCUUCUGGCUGCUUUGAAGCGUGCGGCGUCAAUGAAAGUGUGCGAUGCUGCCUUUGCAACUCGAUGCGCAGCGGAUACUGGCAAUGCUGGCGAUGUGUCUCUGGCAAUGGUGAAGACUGGAAACGGUAAACAAGGUUUGAAAGGGUUUAAUCGACGGCA